AUGGCUCCUAGAACAGUGAAGGGUGAAGACGAACUGCAGGUAGCUGUUAAAUCUUUAGUCACAAAACUGUGCUCAUCAGAUGAAUUCAUCACACAGUUAACUGCUACCAUAACUGAGACAAUUGGCGAAAAGUAUACUAAAGAACUACAAAUGUUGAGAAAGGAAAAUAAAAUGAUAUCUGAGAAACUCAAAACGCAGGAAGAAACAAUCAUGCUUCUAUCGGAACGUCAAGAAAAGCAGGAACAAAUAUUCAGAAGUAGGAAUAUCAGAUUUUAUGGUGUCCCAGAACAAGACUCAGAAAAUUCCAUGGAACUUAUCAAAGACAUAUGCAUUCGAAAAAUGAAUUUGAAAGUAGAUGACUCCUGUUUUGAAUCAUGCUAUAGAAUCGGAAAGAAAGGAACUAAUGCAACCAGACCGAUUAUGCUAAAAUGCUCAACGAAUUUUCUCAAAAAUCUGGUUUAUAAAAAUAAGAGACAUCUAAAGAAUACCAGAAUCGUGAUAAGAGAGGAUUUAACUGAUGAACAGCUGAAAAUAGUGAAAGAAUCUUUAAAGAAAGUAGGUGCUACUGGAAGAGUCUGGACGAAUUCAGGAAACAUUUUCAUCAAAAGUAGCGAAGAUGGACAGGUUAGAAAAAUCAAUAAGCUGGAAGAUCUUGAAAGACUUUAA